AUGCCAGCUGUGUCACUGCCGGCGGCUGCGGCCGGCCUGGCCUAUCUCAAUGCGCGGUCCUCCUUCUGGUAUGAUUGGAUGCUCAUAACGUCCGUCGCCCCUGCUCUCGUCACCAUGGCACUGCGCGGGCGUAGUGGCAAGAUGAAUGUCUUUUACAAGCUCGAGGAGAACGCGAAAUCGUCAUCUACGGCCAACCACCCGUUCAUUCUGUUUGGCGACAAAUCGUAUACGUACGCCGAGGUCUACGACAAGGCGCUGCGCUACGGCCACUGGUGGAAGCAGACCAUGGGCGUCCAGAAGGACGACGUGGUCGCGCUGGGCUAUAUGAACUCGGACACGUUCAUCUUCUUGUGGUUUGGUCUCUGGGCUAUUGGCGCCAAGCCGGCCUUUAUCAACUACAACCUGCGGGACCAGGCCUUGAUCCACUGCAUCAAAACGGCCAAGGCCAAGCUGAUGCUGUUCGACCCGGACGUCGUCGAAGCGCUGACGCCCGAGUUGCGCGAGGCACUCCCCAACGUGCGCAUCGAGGUCUUUUCGGCGCUUCUGCAGGGCCAAGCCGACGCCGCCGAGCCCAAGCGCUACCCCGACGAGGUGCGUUAUGACGACAAGAAGGAAAACACUGCUAUCCUCAUCUUCACGUCUGGCACCACCGGCUUGCCCAAGGCCGCGGUCGUCUCGUGGGCCAAGAUGUUUGCCACGAGCAAUUUUGCCCGCGGCUGGAUAGGCAUCAAGAAGGACGAAAUCUACUACACCUGCAUGCCGCUGUACCACUCUUCUGCGUGUCUGUUUUGUCUCGGGCCCGUUCUCUUCUCUGGAACCACCAUGGCACUUGGCCAGCGUUUCUCGAACAAGACGUUCUGGCCGGACGUGCGCAAGUUCAACGCGACUGCUAUCCAGUACGUCGGCGAGACCUGCCGGUACCUGCUGGCGGCCCCGCCGCAAAUCGACCCGGAGACGCAGGAGAACUUGGACGCGAAGCACAACGUGCGUGUGGCCCUCGGCAAUGGUCUGCGACCGGACGUGUGGAACCGGUUUAAGACGCGCUUCGGCAUCGAAGCGAUCGCCGAGUUCUACGGCGCUACCGAGGGCACCUUCGCGACCUUUAACCUGUCGCGCAACGACUUCACCAUGGGCGCCGUGGGACGCAACGGGUGGCUGUACGAGCUGGCUGUAGGAAAUAACGUGGCGUUCGUCUCCAUGGAUUGGGCCGCGGAAGCGCCCAUACGUGACCCCGCGACGGGCUUUUGCCGCCGCUGCAGUCGCGGCGAGCCGGGCGAGCUCAUCUUCCGGCUGCCGGAAACGAACAUUGAAGAGCGGUUCCAGGGCUACUAUGGCAACAAAGCGGCCACGGAGUCCAAGAUCAUGCGCAGCGUCUUCCGCAAGGGCGACGCCUGGUUCCGCACGGGCGACGUCAUGGUGCGCGACGACGAGGGCCGCACCUACUUCCACGACCGCAUCGGCGACACCUUCCGCUGGAAGUCGGAGAACGUCUCGACGGCCGAGGUCGCGGCCGUCGUGGGCCUGCACCCGGAUGUCGUCGAGGCCAAUGUCUACGGCAUUGCCGUGCCCAGCCACGACGGCCGCGCCGGCUGCGUCGCGCUCGUGCUGCGCGGCCCGCCAACGCCCGAGUUUCUGCAGAGCCUGGUGGCGCACAUCGAAAAGGGUCUGCCGCGGUACGCCCAGCCGCUGUUCUUGCGGAUCGUGGAGGACUCGUCCGCACACACGACGGGCACGAACAAGCAGCAGAAGCACGUGCUGCGCGAGCAGGGCGCGGAACCAGACAAGGUCGACGGCGAUGCGGUGUUCUGGCUGCAGAACGGCAAGUAUGUUCCCUUUGGCCGCAGUGACUGGAAGAGCCUCGAGGCUGGCCAGGUGAGGCUGUAG